CGGGAUCUGAUCAGUAUAAAAGGUCCAGGUUGUAUUACGAAGGCACAUCAGUUUUCCCUGUUAGCUCCUUUCGAAGACUACUAAUAAAUCCAGCUGCAACUGCACGAUUUUCCAACAAGGUCAAUAAAAAUGAAAUUGGCCCUAAUCCUGCUAUCAGCUUGUAUGGCUAUUUCCCACCAACAAUAUUUUCGUGAUCCUCGUAUGAUAUUCGGGUUCCCCUGGCUGGUAAUGCCUCUCACCAACAACCCUGAAUUCUACACUGACCGCAGUCCAUCGAAUGAAGAGCAUAUGUAUCAAGGUCAGCUGGCUCCAGAUGGAUACAACGACGUAAAUAAGGAAGAAGAGGAAGCAUUCGCCGACACACAGUCAAGGAUCAAAGGAAUAAGCCGUUACCGGCUCCGGCCCUAUUCCAAUAACAAUCAGCAAAAUGCGAGAUUUUUUUUCAAUUUAUUAGCCAGCACUACUACUGGCGCUUUUACAAAUCCACUAUUGAAAACAGCGACGUUUACUUCUACGCAAGUUUUAACUCUCCUCGGUCUCGUAAAUUGUGUUCCACGCAAUCAAGUCAUCGCUGGAGCAUCUGCCUGCCGCCGCAAGAGAGAAGACACUGGCGUAUCAUUACAGGAUGAGUUUGACGAUAGCCAAUUUAUGGUCGUUCCCUCGAAAACCUUAAAGUUGACGCCAACGGCUCUUGUUUCGGGUGAUCGCAGUUCGGAUGAAGAGGUAUGGUCAUCUAAGGACGAUGUCACCUCCGGGGAAAUGUCACCCGCCGAUUACAUUUCAAGAGAGAAGAGAUUCUUUUUUGUGAACAAAAAUCAGUUUGUAGUUUCUUCAACAAUAACAACUUUUUCAUUUGUGAAUAUUUCCACCACUGCAACCGUUAAUUUACUGAAUCCGGCGCCUGCUCCUGGUGCGGGGAACUGUAGGCCUGCGGUUGGGCCCUGUGUUAACUGUUUACCAGCAGGCUUUGUUCUUUGUCCUGUUCCUGCUGGUUAAAGAUGAUACCUAUAACUUGGACACUAAAACUAAAUUUUUCAGCACCUGAAAUAUGCAGUAUUUCAGCAAAUAGCAUAUUUCAGGUGCUGAAAAAUUUAGUUUCGCUAGCGCCUUCAUGCGUUUUAGUACUUCGAGGCAAAACUGCAAAAAGAAGACCUUGAUCGCUUACCGCUUGAUAUCGUUUUGAAGUCUAUGUUAAUAUUGUUAAUCAACCAUACCCAAUUGCGAUUUUAGUUUAUUCUGCUUGUUAAAACUGAAAGAAAAUCUUUUCGAAAUAAUACCAGCCAUCCCACUUUUUAUUUUCGACAAAUUCCAACUACAAAUACAUGAUUAUGAUUCAGCAUUGAA